CAAUAAGGUUAGACUGGAAUUGUGGCCUUGGGAACUACAAGAAUGUUUUAAUUGUUGAAUUGAGAGCGUACAUGCGUUUACAGCAGAUAAACACUGGAGGUUUAUGCUAAUUCUACACAAUGAAUUACUCUAUCAACCUGAAGGAAGCAGUAGAACUGGCGCUUCCUCAGCUCGUUGAAUAUGAAUUCCCAACAAAACACGUAAAUGCGAUUCGGUCAGCAUUUUUGCCAACUCUAACGCUGUACGGAGUGGAAAAAGAAACAGGGAAGCGUAUUGUCGCUCGGUUUUGUCAACAGGUUGCUUGUUUGGAACAUGAAUGUUUCGUUUUGCGGCAGAUAUACAGUCGCGAAUCUGGCUCCAACUAUGCAAUUGCACCCGUCUUUAGGCUCUUGUGCGAGUCCACCCUAGGUGUUCUAAUUUACGAUGAACCCGGGGAAAAUCUACUGACAAAAUGGUACGAAGUUCCGAAAGGACCGACCAUUUUACAGUUUUUUGACUUUGCCUUCGCGGCAUGUAAAACACUUGACUUUAUUCACAAACACGGUUUUGUCCACGGAGAGAUCCGUCAGGACACGUUCCAUUUAUCACAGAAUGGUUCUUACAACGCAAAAUUACUUGGCUUUGGAAGCAGUUUGGUCUCGGUACAUUUCAGCAUUCAAUGUCUCGAUUGGCAAAAGUUCCGUCGAGUAGAAAACAUUCGUCAGAAAUUGCAGUUCUUGACACCUGAGCAAGCUAGUGAGUCUGGAGAUCCACUGACCGCUCGCAAUGACAUAUACUGUCUAGGCGUUUUGUUCUACAUAUUUUUAUCUCGCUGUUAUCCUUGGAGUGGCUCUCCAAUGCGCAUUAUCCAGUGCAUUCUUUCAAAGCCGUUUCCUUCUGUAAUAACAAAGCGACCUGAAAUUCCCUUUCAGGUCGAUUUAUUAAUUCAGAAGAUGACGUGCAAGUCUGAAGAUGAACGAUUUGCUUCUGCCGCCGAGGUCUACGAUGCGUUACUGAAAGUUCAGCGCAGCAUACUAGAGGCCCAAUCUCGUCGCUCGUUCUAUGCGGCAAUUCGUUUUGAGUCGUUGAUGUACCGUUUCUUUCCAAAACCGUUCCGGCUCUCUAAUACCUUAUACGGACACCGUUCCGAGUAUGCUACGUUGAUCGAGUUGGUCACUGCGUAUUCACUGCGACAAACAACUACAAUUAACGCCUCGAGGUCGAAACGCGACUUACUUACGCGGUCAACGAAGUAUCGAACACCUUCAACAGACGCUUUGUAUUCUCAGGUGGUUACGGUGACCGGUGGAAAGGGUUCGGGAAAAUCAUACCUUUUGCAAUCUGUUAGUAUUGAGUGUCGAAAACUUGGCUACUUCUUUAUGACAAGUUAUAAACCGACAACAAGUACUCCUUGGGAAACGUUGUGUGCUUGCAUGUCAUCCAUCAUACGUCAAAUUUUGUGUGAGAUUGAUAGCAUAGUUCGCGAGUACUUCACUUUUCUGUGGGAUCAAGUUGGCUAUGAGCUACUUCAUCUCAAAGAGUUUUUUGAUAUGAUUCCGGAACUGUCUUACGUUCUUGAUCCAAAGUAUAAUAUGCACAUUACAGAACAUCAAUUACCGAAUGUUCAUAGUCGCGACAUAUCUGAUUUUGGUCAAUGUAGUGGCAGGAUGUCAACAGUAACAAUCGUCUCGGAGAUCUUUCGUUCUUUCACUUACUUUCGCCCUACAAUCAUUAUAUUUGACGAUGUUCACUAUGCUUCCUUUUCGUCGCUUGCAAUCAUGAAAACUCUAAUCUCGACGAAGAUUCCGUCUUUUUUUGUUUUCUCUUGGAACCCUACAAAGUUUUCGAAAGCAAAACAGAAGUUUUAUAUAACGAAAUGUCCUUUUUCAAUGCUUACUAGCAUCAACGUUUCAAACUUUAGCAAAGAUGCGAUCUUCUCUUAUGUCAAAGAUACUCUACAGCGUCCUCCUCAAGUUUUAGAACCAUUGGUUACCUUGUUAUUAGAGAAAACAAAUGGAAGCCCAAUUUUAAUAUCACUUAUGCUUCGAUGUUUGUAUCAUGCCAACUAUUUCGUUUUGGAUGGUGAUACAACAUCUUGGGUUUAUGAUAUCAACAAGGUUACACGCUUUUUGAAUAAGAUUGGCACGUAUUCACUUACAAAGCUAAACAUGAUGGAGCUUCAUCAAUACAUGUCAAGUAAGCCUUUGAAUCUUUUACUUUGGGCAAGUGUUUUGGCCCAGCCGUUUUCAUAUACUGUGCUAGAAAAACUGACAAAACCAUUGGGUGUAUUCAUACCUGCAGAAGUGAUGCUUAUGGAGGCCAAAAAUGUCCUUGUGCAUGUUUCUGAUGAUUAUUAUGGCUUUCUUCAUAAUGAACAGCAUCAUGUACUCUACGGUCAAAUCAGUGAGACCGAGAAGAAAAAGAUGCACAGUUACAUCGCUGAGCAACUUGUUGUCCAUAGGAUUGUCCCAGAUGAUCGUUCUUCAGCCGUUACUUAUAUUUUACGAGCUGAAGCAGAUAUUAAGUUGUCACCAAACGCACAUCUUUACGUCGAUUACCUCCUGAACGUUGCCGAAAUGGUUAUAAGGAUUGGUUCCAAUGAAUUUGCUUGUGAAAUAUUACGGGCCGCAUUGUUUAUUCUGCCAGAGGAUCCUUGGAAUAACGAGAGGUAUGACAAUUUAACCGUAUUAAGGCUCUACCUGCUCGCUGCAUAUUGCAAUUGGUUUAUUGGAGAUGAUGAUGAAGCAAAACUGUUGCUUAAUAGCAUCUUGGCAAAUGUUAAUGACUUUUCUCUGACUUUCCCGGUGUACGAACUUUAUUUAAAGCUUGCAAUGACAAGUGGUGACAGUGUAACAGCUUUAUCGAUAGCAAUGAUUGGGCUGUCUUACAGCGAAAUGCCAGAUCUUACUGCAGAGAUUCUUGAAACCCGUGUGGACGAACUUUUUGAUGAAGUCGCAGAUUAUGUUUUGCAACAUGAUUUGGACAAUUUUACGAAACCCGAACCGAAUGAUGCCUCUUACAAAGCUUUUAUAUCACUGCUUUGUCUGCUGGCUCCCUUAACUUAUAAUAUCUCCCAACGUUUGCAUUAUUAUCUUGGCUUUCAGAUUGUUAAAGAAUUCAUUAAAACUCAAAGUCGGAAUCUUAGGUCCUCUUUGGUUUUUGUUGCAUGCUAUUCAAUAUUAAAGGGAAAGCGACCUCAGGUACUGGAUAAAGUCAUGAACCUUCUACAUCCUGAUGAAUUUCGACUGGCACCGUCGAACAUGGAAACGCAUGUGUUUCUUCUUUACAACGCAUUGCCUAAUAGAAUGGACGAUUACUCAGCAACAGGAAACUUUAUGCGCCGUCUAGAUGACUGUAUGCUGAAGGGGAAUGGUUUGUACUCUGUAUAUUGUUUUGUCCGGCUAUUUACAGCACGACUAUUUAACGGUGAAAAUGCACAUCAAUUAUUGUCUGAUCAAGAAAAUGCGGAAAACUGGACUACCUUGUGGAAUGUUCCGUCAUGUUCUGAAUACCUUCCUUUUUGUCGAAAUGUCAUAAUGGCGCUCCUGGGCUUAACUGAUAAUGAAAAUCCGAAAAGCCUAUUGACGUUUGAUGGUUAUGAUCAAAGUAUAUUUAAUCUCUCAAGCAGAAAUAAACCCACAGUUGAAUAUCUGUGGUGUUCACGUAUUUUUCUUUGCUUGGCCUUCUUAUAUGGCCAUUAUGAAACUGUUGUUGAAGUUGGCUUGCAGUAUCUUGCUGUUACUCACCGUAGGAUACUUGAUACUCACUUUGUCUCGACGCGAUCUCUUAUCGCUAUAUCCGUUCUGGAGUUACUGCGAACAUUAGAUCUAACUCCUGAAAAACGGAAAUAUUACUUAAAUAUAGUGCUGGAAUUACAGGUGCAGAUCAGCUUUUGGACGAAGAACUAUCAUAUUCUUGGUGUUGUUUCGUGGAUUCAUAUAAUAAAAGCAUUGUAUCAUGAAUUUAAUGAUGACAUUGAAUUAUCAUGGUACGAAGUCGAGGAAUCACUUGGCACUGUUGAAGUUAUGUCAUCUGUACUUGAUCGCGCUAUUGUUUUCUGUUGUGCUGGAAGGUUUUAUUACACUCAUCACAGUCCAUUCUUAGGAAGAGCACAUGUUUUAAGAGCAUGUUCGUUAUUUCGACAAAUGGGGUAUUUCGGAGUCGAAAAGCAUUUAGCAAAACAAUUUUUAGGAUCCGAAACGUACCUUGGGAAAAGAACAUUUCCUGUCGGUGUUCAGACGACGCAGGUUCAAUACGAAAGUGGACCAAAUCGCUUUUCUAGAAGAGGUUCACUAAAAAUUGGUUAUGACGCUGUGGUUCAAAGUUUUGAUAAGGCACUCCCUUCUUCUGAUGACCAUGUUCUUGGAAGACAGUCAAAUUCUUCCGGCUCAUUAUUAGACGAGGGCAUGUUGAGCAUGAAAAGUGAAAACCUUAAUAUUAUGGCGUUAAUGUCAGUUAUUGAAUGUGCCCAAUCUCUGUCUGGCGAGCUACAGUUGCCUGCUUUGCUCAAGCAGGUAAUUCGCUUUAUCUGUGAAAACUCCGUUGUUACAAAUGUUUCUGUAAUUUGCUGCUGCAGCUCAACUUUUUCAGUGGUUGCAAGAGGAGACGAGAAAGAGCAAAAGGUUUACGAGCCUUAUUUGCGAGUAGAGGACUCAGACGUUACGAUUCCUCCACAGCUAUUAGCUCGUGUGCUUCAUGAUUGCACAAUAAUGACCCUCUAUGAGUCUAGUUGCUUAGAAGAGAGUGUAACAGAGCAAUGGUUAAAGCAGAAAAAACGAACAGAUUCUUUUACUUUAAUCCCUUUAUCCUGCAAUCAGCAAGUUCUCGGCAUACUUUUCUUAAGGCUUCCAAGACACACAUUUCGGGGUGCAAACCAAACAUUUCUUAAACUGUUGUCUCAACAAAUUGCCAUCAGUGUUUCAAAUGCACUGUUAUAUCAAAAGUUGCGUAAAACAAUUACGGACAAUGUUACUUUAAUUGAGAUUCAGAAAAACUCGUAUAAGAAAUACAAGCAAUUGGCAAUACAGUAUAAAACUAUUCUUGAUGCUGUCCCCUCAAUUGUCUGGAUGAUGGAUGACACCACUGGUGACAUCGAAUACAUGAACAUAAAUGCCCAAAAGUUUCUUGGAGUAUCUGGAGGGGACCAUUCUUCAGUUUCAAUGUUGAAGUUUAUCCAUCCUGACUAUCAAGAAACAUGGCGAGCACUUCUGCAAUCACAAGAUAAACUUCAGAAACAGGGUAUUGAAGUUCCUUUUCUCAAGUGUACGGGUGGUUACUAUUGGUAUCUUUGUCGGGGUUUGCCCAUGGAAUCGGUCGUUCAAAACCAGAAGAAGUGGAUUAUCGUUUGUUUCGACAUUACUGCUGAGAAGGAAGCACAAGACGCUGCGUUCCGCGCGAUGAAAUUAAAGGCCAAUUUCUUGGCUAAUAUGUCACAUGAGUUACGUACACCAUUCUCUGGUUUCUACGGAAUGCUUUCUUUACUGAGUGAAACAAAACUUGAUGAGGAACAAAGAGAUAUUGUUUCUACAGCCAGACAGAGUUGUGAUUCUUUGCUUCACAUUAUUAAUGACCUACUCAAUUUCAGUGAGCUUGAAUCUGGAAAGAUGAAAAUUGAACCGGACAAGGUUUUCGAUGUUGAGGAGAGUAUCGCUGAUUGUAUUGAACUAGUUUAUCCCACGACUUCACGGAAACAUGUCCAAAUUUCUUACGAUAUAAUGCCAAACGUACCGUCACUACUUGCCGGUGACUGUGCAAAAUUACGUCAAGUCAUCACUAAUUUGCUUGGUAAUGCAGCAAAGUUUACCAUGCACGGACAUAUUCUCCUUCGUUGUUCUAUCCUACCUGAAGAUGACACCAAGUAUUCGUGCAAACUAAAGGUUGAGGUUGAGGAUACCGGAAUUGGACUUACCGAAGAGGAAAUGAAACUUCUGUUUCAACCGUUUACACAAGUUGAUGGAAGUACCACUAGAAUUUAUGGUGGUUCCGGAUUAGGUUUGUCUAUAUGUAGACAAAUCUGCAAAAUUAUGAACGGUGAUAUUGGGGUUGAAUCUGCUGUUAAUGAAGGUUCAACAUUCUGGUUUUACGUUGAGCUUAGGAAAGUUACUGCUGAGUCAGCUCAGGAGCAUCUUAACAUAAAAACAUCAAUGUUCGAACGUCUUGUGAACUUGCUUCAAGAUAAACGGGUCCUAAUUCUUAGGUCAUUUUACACUGCACGAUCUAUUUUUAAUGCUAUGUUUGCCAAGGCCUCUGUAAGUUAUGUCAGCUGUACGAACGCAUUUAAAGCAGAAGUUCUUGACGCAAUAAACAAGAGUCGAGGAUUUGACUUUUUGUGUUUUGAAAUCCAAGGUAAUGAAUCUCUAGAACUAUUGCAGACGAUUCUUUCCGUUACCAAGGCAAAUGAACUAAUCAUAAUUGUCUUGCUUCCUUUGUCAAAAUCUACAAAAGAUGCUACUUUUCUGGAGCAAUUCGACCGAUUGUUACGACAAAACUCGAACAAACUUAUAGCUUUGACAAAACCAGUCAGAAUAUCUAAACUCAUAAAAAGUCUUUCAAAGCUGCUGUCUAGACCGCAACAUUGUGAGAGUUUAAAGAACUGGAGGCCUCCCUCGUCUUCACAUAUCAAUGUUGAUUUGGGAAGACUCACAGAAGAGGAAACAUCUGCCCUUCGCAAAGUUCGAGUAUUGAUUGCCGAGGACAAUAUUAUUGCGCAAAAGCUUCUCAAGAAGCAGCUUAAUGGCUUUGGAUUGAGUGUCGACAUUGCUAGUGAUGGCCUUGAACUGAUACAAAUGUUUAAGGAUAAGCCUUCUGGCUACUACAAAUUGAUAUUUGCUGAUCGCCAUAUGCCUAAAUGUGAUGGUGUAGAAGCAGUUAAGAAUAUACGACAUUACGAAAAGGAGCACAUGGACAAUAGUCAUAUACCUAUUGUUGCUCUUACCGCAGAUAUCCAAAAAUCUGCUAGAGAAAAGUGUCUUCAGGCCGGCAUGGAUGUAUAUAUAACAAAGCCAUUUUUCAGAAACGAACUUAUUGAUGUUCUGAGAAAGUACAUACUAUAACGCUCGUUUUUUUUCAGUUUUGAUGAUGCAUGAUUCUGUAUCAUUCUGAAGUACCUUGACUUUCCGAUAAUUACUCUUGCCGUUUUUCCAUAAACGGAUUCCUGGUUUGUUUUUAUGUUAUUAACACUUUAAUGUUAUUCACGGUUUUUGAUUUUAAUUUUUUGUUUAUAGUCAGUAAUCUAGAAAAAAAGAGAACGAAAUUAUUAAGACAGCUCUACACUCGUUUGCACAUCAAGCAUUUUGGUUGUGUCUUCAUUUAUUAUAAAUCAUGAACGGUAUAGACUUUUGCCCCCCCAUCUGUACAAGAUAUCUUUUACUACUAAUUCUUAGCAGCCAAAUCGACGCCAGUCUUAAUGGUAGCAAUGAGAGCACUAAGUUGUAUUUUUUCAGAGCAUCCGAAAGACAUCCGAUACUCAAUCUUUGCGAGAUUGUCUAGAAUGAAAAUUCUAGCAUUUGCUGGAAUCUGCAACUCGUCAAUCGCUUCUGAGAUGCAUGCAAUAAUAUCUUGCAAUGCAAGACCUUUAUCCUGUUUUAAUUUUGUUAUAGCUAGAUGAUGUUAGCACGUUUUGAUGCUGAGCUCAGAAACGUCUUCUUAACGUACCGUUGCUAGCCGUAACGACUUCUUCGUUCAUAAUACUUUUCAAAAAGUAAUCGAUGUCAGCAGGAUGAGGAUGACCAACACAGUUGUAUACAGCCGCUUCAUCAACCACAUCAUAUACAGCGUGACAUGCUUGGAGGAUGUUCAGUGCCUUUCUCAUAUCACCCUUUGAAAGACGAAGAAGUGCGGUCUUGCCUUCAGGAGAAAUGGUACAGUUUUCCUUCUCAGCAACCUCGUCGACCUUCUUCUCAAUUUCCGUAAUUGGCAACGGCUGAAACCGAAACCGUGUACAGCGAGACUGGAUAGCAGGUGCUAUUUUGUUAAUGUAGUUACAAAUGAUACAGAAGCGGACGUUUCUUGUAUACUUCUCAAUUACACGACGGAGCGCAUUUUGUGCAGCCAGAGUCAUUGCAUCCGUCUCAUCCAAUAUAAUGAGUUUGAAUGCCGAACUGAAAAUUUGUUUUGUGCUAGCGAAACUCUUGAUUUGUUCACGCACCACAUCAAUACCACGGUCAUCACUAGCAUUGAGUUCCAUGACUUGGUUUCUGAAAUUCGGUCCGUAGAUACGAUUUGCGCAUGCUAAAAUAGUUGAGGUUUUACCGGUUCCAGGAGGGCCGUAAAAUAACAUAUGAGGAACUCGGUUCGUAGAAAUGAAUUUUUCCACUAAAACGAAAGGGGUUAGUAUGUUAAAAAGCACGGAUGACGGAACAUAAACACAUACAAGUAGCAAUAAUGUCUUUGUGUGCAACGACAUCGUCUAAAUUUUUUGGCCGGUAUUUUUCAACCCUUACAGCAAUUGGUUAGUCUAUUGAAGAAAUGAAAAUGAAUACGGGGACCGUUACAAAAAGUCUUGAGUGUUCACGAUUGCUUGAAUGCACGGUCACCGGUAACAAUUGUGUUCAUACCAAGGAAGAGUAUCCUGAGUUUCUGGUUUCACGAAAUCAGUAGCACGACCUUUUCCUUUAUCCAUUUUGAGAAGUUUAUGUGGAGAAGAAGCAGAAGACUUGACUCGUUCGUCGUACUAAGACGCGUAAAAGAAUCCGACACAGCAAACUCCUGUGAUGAGCAAAAUUGCGUGGCCGUCAAUGAGAGAAACUCACCACCAACGAUUUACUUGUGGAGGUUUCCCUCGCUUGGGUUUGCU